GUGUUGAGAACCGCAAUGACAAAUGUCAACUAUGUAAACUCCGACAUAGAUGGCGAUCGUCCCUUCCACCCACGCUAAUAUGUUCAACGGAAACCGCUGCUGACGUUCAAGAAGAGCAAGCUGCAGUGGGACACUUCUGAAUAUUUCUCUUUUCGCCUUUGAUGCCAACUGCAAUCGUAGAACGACGAUUCAAAAUCGAACAGCCUCGUACUGCGCCGGAGUCUGGAGUGUAUCUCACUUAGCUUGGCGUAGACGUUAUCUGCACAUCAUUUGCUCUCCAGUUUCAUGGAGACGCGCCGGUCAAUCGUACGGACAACGUGUUUGAUGAGACUCGGACGGUAGAGCGGGUACAGCGUACCGAUAGCCAACAGUGGUUCCUAGUAUCCAUAACGAAUUCCAUCCCUUGUCGAUCAAACCAUCUGGAUGUGAAAAGGAACGCGUGCCACACCCGGGAGCCUCUUAUCCAGUCGUGCGGCUUUGAUUGCGGGCAGUGUCGAUUGAACCAGUGCCCGGUGACCACCUCGAACUUACGUCUUUCGCACUCAAUAUCUCCCGCUCAUAUUAUAAGGAGGACAUAAUAUCGGCAUAUUAUUCCGUAUUCAAUGUCAUUGCUGAUACAAGGAUGUCUACCAAUCCCCCACCAGCCGAGGCCCCUCAGCUUCCCAAUCCAUUAACCCCUCUUGCAUUCCUUCCCCCAACAUUGGCAUCUCAGUACGAGGUUGCUCGUUACCUUUUGGCUGCAACGUGCGGGAUGUUUGCUUGGGAUGUCCUCCUCAACCUAGCGAACGACUAUAAACUCAUCGCCAGAUACCCGAUCCGCCUUCCCACAAUCGUGUAUUUUGUUUCCAAGAUCGCUACCUUCGCUUUUAUCAUCACCAGUACUGUUUUUACCAUUGGUGCCGUUGGUGACUGCCAAAAGCUCCAGGUCGCCAUCGGUUCGUGCUUUGCUGUAGCAGGGCCAAUGACCUCGUUGCUGUUCUUUCUCCGAGUAAAAGCCAUAUUCAACCAUAGUCUCUUUAUCUCGGUCUUUUUUGGUAUUAUCUGGCUCGCAACUCUUGCUGGAUCUAUUACCGUCCCGUUCGCUAUCACCGGCAGUCACAUCGGGCCCACAGACCACUGUAUAAAUACUGGAGUAAAGGCUUUUAGUUCAACCGGCGUAAUCUCGUCGACGGUGAACGAUACUCUUGUGUUUGUCUUCAUCAGUUAUCGCCUCUUGGCUGAUAUUGAAACAGAUAUGACACUCCGAGAGCGCUUUGCAUUAUUCAUUCAGGGGAAAGGGCUUCCGGCACUCACCAGGGCGGUCCUGCAAAGUGGUCAACAAUAUUAUAUGUUUACUGUCGGCGGAAACCUCCUCAGUCUUGGCCUGAUUCUUGCACCAACCUCCUUGCCUGCUGUCUUCCAUGCGAUGGCAAAUGUUCCUAAUCUCGCCGUGUCGAAUUCUAUGGCUUGUCGCGUGUUUAGAGAAAUUCGCUUUGGCCAUAUCCUCGAACCAUCUACAGCGGGUGCGACCUCGUACAAAGCGGCAAGCGCCAUCAAUUUCCGGAGGGAGAUCGCACAUAGAAACGAAAGUGAGACUCUCAACCUCAGUACCUUCGACGCCACUCCACCUGGGGCAACCUCAGAGAUAUCGUUUCGGCCUACUCCCGCAAAACAUGAUGAUAUCGCUCAUGUUGUUUAAGCUUUCGCGCUGUCGUCGUAGUAUCUUUCCCUCCGCCCUACUCCUCUAUUUGUCAUCAGCCCGCUUCUUCUAUAUAGAUAGUACGAUGUCGGUACCACGGGUCCGUUGUCACUGUGUGUGCUCGAUUCUAGGUGGCUGAGGUCACGAUCCUGCUGAUGAAUGUGGGGGAGCCCAUACGGAAGCGCACUGUGCCGGAUGAGGAAGUUCCGCAGCGGUUUGUUAGCAGUCGUAGAAUUCUUUGUUGUCAUUGCGGAUGUACUUGGACGAUACCUGCUCAUUAACUGGAAUGUAAAUAGGCCUAUAUAUAAUGGAAGAGUACAAG